AUGCUCGGCACCACCUUCCUCCUCCUGCUGGUGCAAGGCCUCCUCCGGUACCCGCAGCCGGCCGCCCGUGGGCUGGACGAGGCCACGCGGGAGCGCAUGGAGCAGCGGGCCGAGUACCUGAGCCAGGAGAUGGCUCGGCUGGUGCAGGAGCUGGAGCGGCAGAGCCUGGAGCAGAGCGCUGGCGCCUGGGGAGCCCUGCUGCUGUGGCCGUGCUGGGGAACUCUGGCAGUCCUCGUCCUCCUCUUGGCGCUCUGGCUUGGAGCAAAGCAAGUCAGAAGCCAUGAGGAGAAAUGGGAGGAGGUCGGUGCUCCUGGAAAUGGCAAGGACAAACACAGCGGAGCCCAAGAUGACGAGGCCCACAAGAUUGAAAGCAACCCGGGAGGCCUUUCAGUGCAGCGCAUCCAGUUGCCUGUUGUGGAUCUGGAGAAAGGUUGCUCGCUGAUUGGUGACCUGAUGGCCAAACUGAGAGACGUCUUUGAACAAGGCUUGUCACACAGUUUCUACCCGGUGCCACAGGAAGCCAUCGGAGUGGGCAGCGCCUUUGAAGGCUGGAGUCCCCGUGCAGAAGAUCCUGUGUACCAGGUGCUUGUUGCCCUGAGUCCCCCUGCGGGACACGCCUUCCACCUGGAGCUGGACACCGCAGGGAUGCCCCAGAGGAACUUCUGGGUGCGCGUGGAGCUGCUGUGCACCUGCCCCAGGGGGCAGCCGGGGGAGGACAUGCUGUGUUUCCUCCACCAGCCUGAGCAGGAGCUGAGGAGGAAACAGGAGCCCAGCCUCCUGCACACCCUGUGCACCGGCUCCUAUCUGGAUGUGCAGAAGACUGCCCAGUGGUUCUGUGGCUUUGUGAGGGUAGCCUGGCUGCUGUUGCCUCAGUCCCGCCACUGGCGCUUAACGUUGCUGCCCUCCAGCCGCUCCUGCUGGUUUCAGCUGAGCAAAGGCCAGGAAAGCUUCAAUGCUGAGAUGAUCUUCGGGGUGCGGCGAGGAGACUCUGACAUCUUUGCGGGCAGCCUGGCCACAGAAGCGGGCACGCCAAGCACCGCGUGGCCUGAGACCUGUGCCGUGGCAGAGGCCAAAUUCUUCGGGCACAUUUCCAGGCAGGCCCCCCAGGACAGCUGCCACUGCAAGUGCCUGCAGCUCCUCAGCCACAGCCUGCCGGGUGUAGGUUUGUCCAGCUACACCUUGAAGACUGUGCUGAUGCACCUGCUGAGCACCGUGCCCCCGACACGCUGGCGCAGGAGGGAUUUCCCCCGGCGGAUGAUGGACAUCCUGAAGCUCCUGCGCUGCUCGCUGGAGACCAAAGCGCUGCAGCACUUUGUCAUCGGCAACGAGAGGCUUCCCGAGGAGAUCCGUCUGCCCUCGGACUUGCGGCUGGCUGAACCUCCCAACCUCUUGCAGCACCUGGCCAGCGAUCCUGACGCCCAGGCGAAGGCCCUGCAGGACUACUUUGGCCUGGUGCUUGGGCUCAGGCAACUGCUGCUCUCCGGCCACUGA